UUCCCCCAUCAACAACAAUCUCAUUACCACUCGCCCAUACAAGAUACACAGUACUGUAUAUCUCCUUUGAUACCCGGGAUGAGUUUGUAAUGAAAUCAAGUGUUCUCAAUUUAUUUUUCAUAAUCUACUCUGCCUUCGUCAUGAAUUCCCAAACUUUAUCCUCACCAGCGUCUUCCCCAAACGCGUCAAAACCUUUGACAAACCUAAUAUCUCCCAAGUCAAACCUACGGAGGUUACUUGCAGGAAUUGACGAAAGUUCAGAUGAAGAGGACAUCAGAACACCAGGAACGCCCAGCCUUGCAAAAACAACAAGAGAGGAAACACCUCAGCUUAGCCAUAACGAUGAGGAUGAGAGCGAAGACGACGAUGCCAUUCUACGACCCCGAGGACGACUUGCUUCUCGAAUGCAAGCAGAUGCUAGCAAUCAAGUGCAAUUAGAGUCCGAGCCUACAGAAGGAGCAAGAAAUCGUGUGAGGAGACUUUUAGGACUGAAACCCCAAGAAGAAACCACACAAACUACUGCCGUCGGUGCCAAGAAGGCCCCUGUAGCCCAAUCUGUCGAGGCUGAAGAUGCUGAGGAUGAGGAUGAGGAUGAGGAUGACAUCAGAACGCGACACACCAGACGCCCAAAUGCGCCCCGGAGAGCAAGUCGGACAUCCACACCUGCUAGGGACUCUUCCCCUGAUCUCUUCGUUACGCCCUCGAAGGAGCUCGCGCGCCCACUCGAUGCAGGUGAUAUAUCCGACGGAAAUGCAAACCUGCCAGAAGAUCCCAACACAAGCAAGCGUAUGAAGAACCGCUUGUUGGACCUACAACAAAAGCGUAUCGCUCGAGAAAAAGCAGAGCAAGAGAAGAACAAUAAGGACCAGGGACUAGACGAGGAUGAGGCAGCCGGUGGCAUAAGCGGCGAGGAGUCCGGCAAUAUCACCGAUGACGACGGCGGCCGGAGGCUUACUCAAGAGGCUGCAAGCCGCCCAUCGGCUCGCAAGGCAAGCAAGAAGGCUCUCGAAGACAUGCACCGUGAAACGCAGCGUCUUAGCCGUAGCUUGCAGCUUGCGCAUGAGGCCAAGACCAAAAAGAAAAUUACCAAGGCCUCGCUCUUCGAACGUUUUAACUUCAAACCUGCUAAUGAAGCUUCAAAAUCGACCCAACCCGCAGAAGAACAGCCUGCUGCGGCUCCUGUCGCCAGUUCUAGCAGGGCCGCGACCCCUGCAUCUGUGCACAACACAGACGCCGAGAUGAGCGAAUCGCCCACACCCCCAACCUCGCCACCUGUAGCCGACAAGCCAGAUGGCGAUGGCCCGUCAGAAUCCCUUGGCACCGGCCAUGCGAUGGAUACUGACCAGAAUUCGAAGGCUGGCGAUGAUGAAGACUUGCAAGAGCCUAGUACGCUGGUUGCCGGAGCGACCGAGGAACGAGCAGUAAAAAAGCUGGACAAGGGCAAGGGCAAAGCAAUGACCGUGGACUUGGACCCUGUGAGAGACGAGGUCAAGCCAAAGCGUCAGUUUAGGGUCACAUUGCCUAAUACAGUCUCGGUUGAUUUGGGCGAGAACGAGGACGAUCUCAUGAUUGUGAAUCCGAAGAAGAGCAAGCUAGACGCCAUAUUCGACAAUGCACCUGCCCAACGAAAGCAGUGCGACGGGGCAAUGCAAGCUUUGCGUGUUCUCGCCCAACUUGGUGGCUCUCCGGGCAAGGAUCAGUCUAGGAGACGAGGCAAAUUUGGGUCGGCCAAACAGCCCACCAUGACAGCUGGACAGCUACAGCUCACCUUGCACCAGCGGGCGCGAGAACAGGCUCGUAUUGAGCGUGAACGUCGUUUCGAGGCUCUCCGGGCCAAGGGCGUCCACAUCCAGACAGAGGAGGAACGCGAAAGAGAGAUGCAGGAUGUGGAGGAUAUUAUGGCUGCUGCCAGGAGAGAGGCAGAGGAGAUCAUGCUACGGGAGAAGGAGGAGAGCAAGGCGGAGAGAAAACGAUCCGGCGAGGUCGAUCCUCUCGCCUGGGACGACAGUGAUGAGGAAGGUGACUACAUCGAGGCGCCGGAAGAACAAGAUUCAGAGGUUGAGCUGUCCGGCUCUGAAGAAGAGGACGCCGAUAUGGAGUCUAGUGCAGAGGACGAGACAGAAGCUGUCACCGAAGACCUAGUGGAUGACCAGCCCGAGUCUGAUGUUGACAGUUAUUCGGACGUGGCGCCGCAGAAGUCGCGCCGCGCUAAGAAACAUACGACCGUUAUCUCAGAUGACGACGAGGAAGACGAUCUCCCCGUACAGAAGUCGACUAGCCCGAACCACAAGCCCCGCGCCGUCGAAGCUACGCCUAAAUCCAAGUCCACCGUGUUCAGAUCUCCGUCCACCAGAGCCGUUGAGUCGCCAUUGCCUCCUCAAUCAGUCCUGCGUUCAGCUACCAAGACUUUCAUUCCCGGUCUCCCGGUCAAGGCUGGCGAGGCUGCUGGACUCGGGCUUACUCAGAUUUUUGCUGGCACAAUGGAUGACAGUCAGGUUGACCCUUUUGCGCCCACUCUCGUCUCCCAGCCACGGCCUACAUUCGAUGCAAUGGCACAAACCUCGUUCCCACAGGCCUCGAUCGCCGAACAGCCCGAGAGCUCCAUCAUGGACACUCAGCGGGCACCGCAGCAAGCCGAGGACACCCAAGACACCGGUGUGAACUUCAAUUUUGAUACGCAGUCUCAAGUUCAUGGACUUGGUAGCCUGAUGCGAGACGAUGUCUUCACUCAGGCGUCUCAGUUCCCAGAAGCUACGCAAGACGGUGGUUUCCAGGGUCGCACACCCUUGAAGGAAAGGUUCAUUGACCUCCCACAAUCGACAGUGGAUACAGUGGCCGUGAAUGAUACCCAGUCACGAGAACCGUCGGCCAUUCCUGAGUCACCUGUAAUGCGCAGGGGUAAACUUCGUCGCAAGGUCGUGGCCAUCGACGAGGAUGAAGAUGAUGCAGCGCAGCCCAGAGACGAAAACGAUGAGCAGAUGGUGCAUGCUGAGGACGACCUGAUUCCUGGCACUCAGGAGGCGGCCAAUGCCUUCAGCGUACUCAGCAAGGCAGCCGUCCGGAAGGAAAAGCAGGAAGCUUUCGACCGAAAGAAGAGCAAAGCUAAAGAGAUGUUCCAGGAGCAGGCUGAGGAGUCUGAAGACGAGUAUGCCGGCCUCGGUGGCGCCGAGGGCGAGGACAGCGACGACGAUGGUGAAGAUGUCAAAGACAUGAUAGACGACCAAACCAAGGCCAGCGAGGCAGAGAAGGCCAAGAUCGCUGCCAUCUAUGCUGAUCGCGAGCGUGCGGACGAUGAGAAGCAAGUAGAGAAGCUCUUCCGGGAUAUCACCUCGGGGAUGCUCCGACGAAAGCGGGGUGCUGACUACGGCGACCUCUCGGAUGAGGACGACGGUGGCGAGGCUCGCCGUCGUAUGAAGCGUCGGCAGUUUGCCAAGAUGCAAAAGGCACUGUUCGCUGAUGAGCGCGUGUCCAAGGUGGCAGAGAAUCCGCGUACAUCGGCGUUUAUGCGGACAAUUGAGGAUCGCAGUGAUGAUGAGGAUAUGCUGGAUAUUUUGGCACCAUCCGAGUCUCAGCAAGACGACGCCAUUCCUGACAGCCAACCGUCAGUAACGGAAGGUGCUGCGCCUGCUGUGACCGGCAGGCUUCGUGGGCCUCAGCGUCGUAGAAAGGACCUCCAAAAGCCAUCCAACCUGGGUGAGGUCCGUGAAUCGCUCUCAGACCUCCUCGAGGAGCACAACUCAAUGUCCUCUGUUGUCCCAGCCACGGAGGAGGAUUCGGAAAGCGACGAUGCUGACGCCGAAGAAGACGAGGCACCGCGACGACCUCGUAGCUCAGGCGUCAACAGCAACAAAGAGAAUCGUAACCCCCGCCGUAUGGCUGCAGAGGUUUCCGUGGUCGACCGCAUCAGUCUCAAACGAUCCGGCUCAUCUGUAUCUUCUGCCGACAACGGAAGCCGCAGUGCCCGCAUCGCGUUCGUGGCGGGCUCGAGCUCGGGGUCUUUCAAGGUCCCGGCGCUGCUGCGACGCGCGACGACCAACUCCUCGAUGGCGGCCAGCGGCAACGGCGUCUCAUCCAGCACCGGGACCGCCAUCUCGGCCUCCACAGCUAGCGCAGCAGCGACCAUAGGUGGUGACGAAGCCAAGGUCAAGAAGAACGCCAGCAAGCGAUCCGGAAUCAACUAUUUUGCGCGCGAGAACGAGCGUCUCGCUGCGCUGGCGGAGAAGGAGAGGAGGCGAGAGCAGAGAAAGUUCAAGGGUGCUGAGGACAGGAGCAAGGUUGUUGGUGGACUGUUUGGUGCAGGAAAGUUUGAGUAGUUUCUGGCAUUGCAACGCGCAUGACAUAAAAUUUCGUUUGUAUUUUCACAGGAUGGCGUUCUGGCGGACUUGCGUCUAGGGAUGGGAGUUUAUUUACUUGGGAGUUCAGGCAGGCUGUGAACUGGCUAUUGUUUGGGGCCCAAAGAACGUUGGCUGUGUUUGGUCUAAUGAGGGAAUUGGAUGGUAGAAGCUUGGGCGUUGGUGGUACUCUUAUGUCGGUACUCUUAUGUCUGUUUUCCAGAAUAUGAUUAUUUCAAGACGAUUUCAACUGAUAA